AUGAGCAACGAGCCAACACACGACCGUGUCCAAAAACAGAACGGAUCUAUCAAUAAUGGAUUGGAUCCAUUCAUUGAGUUACUUGAAAAUAACCGCAAGUUGGCACGGAAAGAAUUCACUCCACUUCGAACGUUCAUCUUGGCAGGCAGGCCUCUCCACGAGAUUGAAAGGGUCUACACUACCAACAGAAAUGCUCUGACUGAGCAGACUAUCAUCGAGGCGUGCAAGUACGGUGUGAGCAGCAACGUAAUCAAAUUCUUGGCUCAGAAGUUGGAGAUUUCAUUGACUAUUAAUGAGUUUCUAGACGCCUGCAAGUAUGUGACAGACUCAUCAGUGGUGGACGCUUUGAAAGCCAAUACAAAUGCAAACUACCUUUGUCUAGGACAAGGCCGCAAAAUCGAUCUUGAGCGCGUUAUGAGGUUCAAUCAAAUUCUCCCAGAAGUGAGAACUCUGGAGUCUCGUUGUAGGAAAUGGACAACAGAGGCAUUGUUUGAGGUGCUCCGAGUUGUCUUUAGGAGCAAAAAGUUGCGGUCCAUUCGAUUCCAAUCAUUCUCCCCUUACAAACUUGAAAACUGCAACACACAGGUGAUGUCUUCACAAAUCCAAAACUUGGUUGCAUCCCUAAGUGCUGCGCAGUCAGAAAGCCAAGGUUGUGGAGUGGAGAGUGUGAACAUGACACUGCCUGAACCCCAGACGAACAUUGAUUCGACACUACUCCUUUUUUGGAUGGUGCAUUUGCCUUCUCUCCAGAAUUUGACCAUACGCUCAGGUCUCUUCAGAGCACAAGAUGUAGAUGUUAUACAGCGCAUUGUGCGGUGUGGGAGAUUGCGUGAUCUGAAGGUCUGUGGGACUGCUGAUGAUGCAAAAGGUUGGCUCCCUGUGAUUAAUGCUCUUCGAAACAAUUCACAUCUAGAAAGGCUGCUUAUUCAUGACAGAGAAAUUGGCAACACUGCGACCGAUCGACUUGAGCGCAUCAUUCAAACUUCUAACUGCACAUUGGUUCAAGUCAGUAAUCGUACAUGUUGCUGUGUAGUGGAACCUUUUUGUGAGUGCCCGGAUCCUUGGGCUUCUUUGAAGCUGAAGUACUUUUUGGGACUCAACAAAGCUGGGCGAGGACGCAUAAGGAAGUCCAGUGAAAAUGGGUUGAGUCUCAAUGAGUUUGUGGCAAUGCUGGCAUCUGUUAAUGAGGUUUCCAAAGGAGAGUGUAUGAAGAAACGUAGAGAGCUAGCCAAGAAAAACUCUACAAUGCUUCAAUAUGGGCUCUUGCGAGAGUUGCCAGGGCUUUGGAGUACCGUAAAGCUUGCUCGUGGUGCCAGCCGACGUCGCAUACCGGCACGUUUCUGCGGUAGAAAGCGGAAGAGGAGCGAUGAUGGCCUCCUCGAGACGGACCUCCAAGCUGUCGAGGCGGGACCCACAGCGGUCGUGAGGCAGCUCCAGGGCAAUCUGUGA